UAUCUCUGUUUAUCCAGUGUGCGGAACGAAAGGUAAACAUGAAAAAUGGCCGAUGAUUCAAGUUCAUUAUUCCCGCUACACUCGUGUGUUUAUCGUAACGAUAUUCGUCAAUUGUCUUCUCUUUUACGUACUACAGAUAUUAACCAAAAGGAUAAACAUGGGAACACAGUUCUUCAUUUGGCAGUUAUGUUGGGUCACAAAGAAUGCAUACAUUUGCUGCUAGCCCACAAUGCUCAGGUUAAAAUUAAGAAUGGACUUGGCUGGAAUCCACUCGCUGAAGCUAUCAGCUACGGUGAUCGACAAACAAUUCUGUUGCUAUUGAGGAAACUUAAGCAACAAAGUAAAGAACAGUUGGAAGAAAGGAGACCAAAACUGAUCCAGGCAUUAAAGCAAAUGGGUGACUUUUACUUACAACUCAAAUGGGAUUUUCAAAGCUGGGUACCAUUGGUAUCACGCAUACUGCCGUCUGAUAUUUGUCGCAUCCAUAAGAAAGGUUCAAAAAUACGGGUUGAUACAACUUUAGUUGAUUUUACUGACAUGCAUUGGGAGCGUGGGGACAUAAGUAUUGUAUUUAAUGGAGAAGCCGAACGACAACAGUCACUUUUUAUACUAGAUAACAAACAGAAAGUUUAUCAACAAAUUCGGUAUCAGGAAUCGGAGAGUGAGAUAGAAGACGAAGUCGAUAUCCUAAUGAGUAACGAUAUAGUAGCUGUUCAAAUGUCGACACGUUUCAUUACGUUCAACCGCGCUCAAACUGGUUUCUUUUUUCGUGCUGACAAAACGGAAAUGGUGGGUCCAUAUCAGGCUGAAUUCUUUUCUAUUGGAGGUUUGGUUUUUGAAUCCCGCAAGAGGAGAGAACACCUUACUCAAGAAGACCUUCGCAAAAAUAAGGCUUUGAUGGAGACCCUGACGAAAGGUUCUAGUUCGAGUUUGACUGAGACCAGCAACGGCGAACCCAUACGCAGAGGGUCUUUACCUGCGCCAAUUAAAACGAUCCUCAGCUGGAAUGAUUACAUCAAUUGUAGUCACCCUCCAAAUUUGGGUAGACAACUCAUAUGCAAAGAUGUGUCUAAAACAUUCCGCGCUACUGUUGCCAUGUGCCAAGAUUUUCCGUUAUCCAAAGCGAUGCUGUUAGAUGUGUUGGAAGUUGUAGCGCCUGUCAAACAUUUUAGCAAGCUCCGUGAAUUCGUUGAAAUGAAACUACCGCCCGGUUUUCCCGUAAAAGUUGACAUUCCAAUUUUACCGACCAUAACAACACGAGUUAAUUUUCAAGACUUUGAAUUUCGCAACAAUAUGCCAGAUUCUUUGUUUCAAAUCCCCAAGGAUUAUACCGAGAACCCCGGAAGAUUCCCUGAUUUGUGACCAAUGGAAUGGAGCUUGCUGCUCAACUCAGAGCUUAGGGAAGUUGAGCCUUGCUGCUCCUAUCUUUACCCCGUUUCUUCAUCUAGUCAUAGUCAGUAUUCACAUCGUGGUGUACAAGAAAGCGCACCACCAUAUCCAGUAAGUGUUGAUAAAGUAAAUCACCUGUUCGAUCAUGCGGUUGAUGGCUGCUACCAGUUGGACCUGCCAUGUCAACAUCUGCUCACCAGUCCCUAUGCCUCCCAAUGUACCAUUCAUUUUCCCAUCCAAAUCAAUUCCACCCAACCAAGUCCAAAUAAUACAGAAUUAUCAGAGCCAUAGAUAUAUAUCUAAACGUACAUAUAUAUAUAUCUAUAUUAUAUAUACAUAUAUACAAAACUUUACGGAUUGUGUUUGUUCCUAUGGCCAAGUUUUUGAGGAUGACAAUGUCCUAACAAUGACGUUUUUCAAAAUCUUGUCAAAAGUCGUGUCAUCUGUGUUGCACUGCCCCACAUUUCAAAUUGGCUAAAUCCCUGAAACUCUACCGCCCUUAAAUUUCUGAUAUUAUGAGAUUCAAUAUUAUUUUUCCCUUAUUAAUUUGCAGUUGUAAAAAAGAGCAGAUAUGUUCGAGAUUUGCAGAUGUCGCGUGUACGAAGAACAAAACAAUACAGUUGUCGCGUGUCAAUGCCGCGACGGAUUGGUUGGCUAAUAGCCAUGAAUGUAAAAGGUUGAUCAUUGUGUUUCUGUAGGUGGUGAGUAAUUGACUCACUCCAGCUAUUAAUUGCGAACCUAAAUGCAGAAAACUAGAUCAUUUAGCCAUCUAUUUUUAUACUUCCUAGAGACCAGACGUUAUCCGUCCAUGUCAUGGGCACUCGUGUUACCAACAUUCGGUUCAUGUUUAAAGUCUCAAGAAGCAAGAAAUAUGAUAACCUAUGUUACCAAUAAUUGAUACUCAGUUUCUAACUCCUGAUAUGUAAUUUACGUCUUAAUCUAAAAAUGUAACUAAUCUUUGAUUUUAGGAUAAUUAAUUCCCAUCGAUUUUUUUUUUCUUUUGCGUUAUCUUAUUACGAAAACAAGCUCUGACCGGAGGCUUUCAUGGACAAGCAAACUGGUUCCCUUAUGAAUCUUUUGUGGCGAGUUGCAAGAACUUGAGAGCGCAGUAGCCAGAACGUUUUAAUGAUUUAAAGAAUAAGAUUAUUUUGAACGCCGCUUGAAAUUAUCGAAGGAAGAUAAUAAAACCAGGAAGUCAAGAACACAUCAUUACCGAAAGGUUAAAUCAUUUAUUAAGAGGAAUGAUCAAUUUCAAACAUAAUUUUCGGUAUAAAAUCAAAUUCAUUUUUAGGAAAAAUUAAGAGUACGAUGAUGUCCUCAGGACUGUUUUGCAUGGCAUGUCUCCAGGGUAAGAACAAAUGAGCGGCUGCGAUUUUCAUAGCAGCUGUACGUACCGCCAUGACAAAGGAAGCAUCUUUUCCGGAUUAUUUCUUUUUGCUAUCUUUCUUAGCAUCCUCCUUCUUCUCGACCUUUUUCUCCUCGGUCACCUUCUACAGAUUCAAACAAACGGAAUAACACUUGGUAAGUUAUUGCAUACAACACAAAAGAAAAACAGCAUACUAAUUCGCUAGAUUACUUACUUCGGCUUUAGGUUUGCUGUCGGAUUUCUUUGGCAUCUUGAACGAAGUAGUUUGAGAGAGUCUGACUGAAGGUUGUAAGUACGGGAUGCGAUUGGUACUAAGAAACUGCGCGUUGACAGACCCCGGCAGUAGGUCCUUAUAUAGUAGAAUUUUGCCCCGGUGCGAUUGGUUCGUCCCGGCGCUCACGGGGUAAAAUCACACCACGUGACUAUGUUUCCCCAGAAUGUUCUAGAACAUUCGCUAUAAAGGACGCCCAGAAUUUAACACCGACAUAUUUUUUUGGACACUUAUUUACUAUUUUUUUUUUCCUUUGUGUUGCGCAUUCGAUCGCCUUGCAUUUGCUUGGGGGUUGAUAUCACAAAUUGAACAGGUUGCAGUUUUCCGUGCUUAUAUGUACUGUAUAGAUCGGGUGGGCUAAAUAAGAGAUGUAAGGCAAUCUGAUGAUCCUUAAAUUUUAAGAACUUGUUAUUACCGGUUUAUUAGGGCAAUUUUUCAAGUUUUGAGGGCAUUUUUCUAAAAGAAAACUUCGUUUAAAAGACGUUUGAACCUUGAGGCCAUUUCAGUUCAGAAAUACAUUUUCUGAAACGGCAUUUCGCUUUUCCAGCAACGGCUGUGCUUCUCAUAAACAACAUGGGAGAGCAAGUGAUAAAAGGAUAUUUUGAAAUUCUUUGGGGUUGGCGUCAUUUUUAUAAUUACUAUAGCCGAGUAAUGUCAUGAAUAUCACAUGAUGCAUCCUGGUUCUUUAUCAUCAGGUGUGUCAUAGGACUCGCUGCUUAAGAACAAUUUACAGUACGUAGUAAAUCGUAGUUUUACACAUGAAUGUUUUUGUUUUGUUUUUACCUCCUUUCACUGGGUGCAACCCGUGUACACAGGUCAAAUGACCUUCUGCGUGUAACCUGCUGAUAGACUUGUGGACUCAUGUGACGCAGUUCCACUUCAACGCCGGUCCACUCUUUUGUUCCCAAAACAAAAGCGGUUGUUGAUUAGAUUAGAUCUCUUCCUGAUCGAAAUGUUUUCCUGCUGGUCGUUUCUCUCUUUCGCAUCCAGUAUAUGAUGGGUUCUACUCGCUACCGUCUACGGUCUGUCGAUUCACUGCCGGAUCAAUACCCGCGCGCCUACAAACCAGAAUAGCAAGAGUCCCACCCGUAAGCAUAUAUCCUUGGCGAUCCAGUUGAAACCAGUUUUAUUUUGUACCUCGUGCAGCUAUUUACAAACACGAGAAAGAAAAAUACGAAUUUUUGCCUGGCCCCCCUAUUCUAAGCUGCAACAGCUCAAUGGCCGAUAACAUCUCCGCUGCGUUGUCUUUUACCAAACUGUUUAAACACGCAGUUUUGUCCCGAACAAUCUGGAUCUCGUCUGCCGGAGGAACCAAUCGGGAAAUCCGGAGAACUGUGUCACGUGACUCGACUCCUCCUCUCGAUGGUGCGUGCUCGUGUAACAUAUCGACGACGUCCCCUUGGCUAUGUCCACGACUACAGUUUGUUGUGAAUCCGCUCCAGUUAAAAUCGCAGAGAGUAUUCAUUCGUCGCCAGACUGGACUGGAAUCUAGCAGUUUUCAUCCACUCGCACUUAGUACAAACUCAGAGCAAUGCCUCCCAAGAAAGGCGGUGACAAUAAAGGUGGCAAAGGCGGAGAUAAAGGAGGCGAUAAGAAGGAUGGAAAGGGAGACAAGAAGGACGGAAAGGGAAAGAAGUAACUGAGUGUUGUUGGCCCAAAAUUUCUGUCGUCGGCAGCUGUGUAAGAUCAAGAUAUCCGUUCCUCAGUUUCAUUGUUGCUCCUCAUCCUGGAAACCUACACCUUUUCCUCCUCUGUACACUUAAAAAAAAUCUGCUUGGGUUCGUUGGCAACGAUGCAAGCGAAAGGAGACCAGAAUUAGAACUUGGCAAAGGAUCUAAAUAGCGGCCGUGCUUGCUGGCCGUGCUGAUUAAUACAUUUUUCUAAUCUUAAACAAUUUUUAUGUCGCCAUCUGUAUUUCCCUUUAUACUUGUCCGUUAUCAAGUGUUUAGCAAUGUCUAGUCCUAUCUGCGCUUGGUCACCGUUAUACUUAUUACAUUUUGUUAAAUUGUUUGAUUGCUGUUGUGAUUUAAUACAACCAGUCUGACCAUGUU